AUGACCGCCACCCGAACACACACCCAAGUCCUCAUCUCGUGUCGGAAUAACCGAAAGCUCCUCGCGCGCGUCAAAGCAUUCGAUCGCCACUGCAACAUGGUCUUGGAAAACGUGAAGGAAAUGUGGACGGAGAAAGGAAAGGGCAACUCCAAAGGCGUCAACAAGGACAGAUUCAUCAGCAAAAUGUUUCUACGGGGUGAUAGCGUCAUCUUGGUCUUGUUGAGUUGA